CAUACAUGACAUACCGAUUUCAGAUUGAGAUCAGAGAGAUGGCUGUGCGCUCUAGGAAACCCGCUCAAGGUCCUCAGGAUGACAAGAAUGUUCAACAAGCAGCGCGAAAGGAGUCCUUUGAUCAGGAAGAAACUCCUGAGAUCAUGAUUGAUGAAAAAAUUGCUGCUAUUGACCAGGAAAUACGCACAAUUCAUCACUUCUUUGUCGCUAAAGGUUUCACUCCGUUGGAAAUCGAACGCGGGGCUAAACCAUUGCUUGAUAGCUUGAGAAAGGCUAACCGACAGCGGUUAGCUAUCACUGCUCUCAAGGUUGCUGUGCUCUUGUUGGUUGCCUAUGGAGUGGUCCAUUACGACCCAGUCUACAUGCUGACCCUGACAUAUAGCAGGAUUGCAAUGGUCAAGCUUGUUCUUCCCUAUUGGGACUGGCAGUAUCUAUAUGACAGACAGUGUGCCAUGGAGAAUCCCUAUUUUGAAGGUGACCGCAUAUAUAAAGAGGAUUGUGAGAUUUGUGACGACCUAAAAGGGAUUCCGCGGGAGACGAACAUCAGCCAUGUUGAUUUGAUGGAACAAUACAUGAACAGAGACCUACCAGUGAUCAUCACGGAUGCGAUUGACGAUUGGCCGGCCAUGCACAAGUUCAAUGUGACCUUCCUGGAGCAGCUGUUCCUGAAGACCCCUGGCAUGAAAGACUACAGUGGAUGCUACUUUGGAAGUAACUUACGCUCAGUCCAUGGUAAUAACAAACAGUUCCUCAAGAAGGCUGCUGCAGGAAUUUUACAGAAUUACUAUGCUCAUUGGGAAAACUGUAUGCUUCCAGUCGCAAAGGGAAUGAGAGAGUUCUAUGAAAGGCCAUACUUUCUUCCACCUUCCACAGAUAUGCAUCGGGUCAACUGGGUCUUCAUAUCAAAAAACUACAGAGGGAAAAAUUUCAAACCAAUUCCUCUGGAAGCUCCAUUCAUCUGGUAUGCCCAGUUAAAGGGGGAAAGCACUGUCAAGGCUCUGCCUAAAUAUCCUUGUAAUGAGACAUGUCAGGCGCCUGUGGAAACACUCCAAGAAGGAGAGAUGUUAUUCAUGACGGACAGGAUAUGGUUCCUUGACUAUUUACCCAAUGGAGAGGGUGAAAAUAUUGCCAUCGCUGCUGGAGGGAACUUCGACUGAUGAUGGACAAUCAGUAAUUUGACAUUGAAUCUUAGCACACAGCAACAGAAUGAUAAACCAUGAAGUCUAGCUGAUAAUGUGCAGCUGCAAUAAUAAAUAAAGAUCUAUCUGUGUAACGCUUAUUAGUGUUUUAACGAGACUUAGGGACUCAAGAGUAGUCUAUUCAUCCCAUUGGUGCAUCUGAAAAUUACUUGAGACUAUUUGAAAAUGGAAAAUAAAGUUGUACUGGGAAAUAAUUAACAAUUCAAAUUAAUUUUCUAUUGUAUAUUAAAUCAAUGUUGCAUCAAUAAAUCAUGUGUGGGAAAUAAAGGCGAUA